UCUCGCUCUUUCCCACCACUCAAUCACUUCAGAGAUGCCAAUAGAAAUGCCCAAAGGUCUCCCUUUCUCAGUCGACACGUUCUCCGCGACUUCCAAGCGAAAGAGACACCAUUUCUUAACUCAUGCCCAUAAAGAUCACACCUCUGGCAUCUCCGCCCAUUGUCAAUUCCCAAUUUACUCCACCCGCCUUACCAAAUCACUCCUCCUUCAGCACUACCCAAAGCUUGAUGAGGGUUUGUUUUUGGGAAUUGAAGUGGGGAAAAAGUUGGUUAUUGAUGACCCAGAUGGGGAAUUUACAGUUUCAGCUUUCGAUGCCAAUCAUUGCCCCGGAGCAGUCAUGUUCUUGUUUGAAGGCAAAUUUGGCACCAUUCUGCACACUGGAGACUGCAGGCUAACACCUGAGUGCCUACAAAGUUUGCCAGAGAAAUAUAUUGGAAAGAAAGGAAAGGCGCCAAGCUGUCCACUUGAUUAUGUUUUCCUAGAUUGCACAUUUGGGAAGUUCUCUCAGAAACUUCCCAGCAAGCAUUCAGCAAUUCGUCAGGUAAUCAGUUGUAUAUGGAAACACCCAGAUGCAUCAGUGGUGUAUCUGACUUGUGGCCUCCUCGGACAGGAAGAGAUUCUGGUAGCUGUAUCAGAAACUUUUGGGUCCAAAAUAUUUGUUGAUAAAGCCGCCAAUCCAGAAUGCUUCCAGUCUUUGAUGCUCACAGUUCCUGAAAUCCUCUCUGACGAUCCAUCUUCUCGUUUUCAGAUGUUUGAUGGAUUUCCUAAACUGUAUGAAAGAGCAAGUGCAAAGCUUGCUGAGGCCCAAGCUAAUUUCCAGCCUGAGCCCCUCAUUAUCCGCCCUUCAGCACAGUGGUAUGCAUGUGAGGAAGAAUAUUCUGAGACUCCUAGUCGGAGAAAAUUUAGAUACAAUGAAGCAGUGAGGGACCAGUUUGGUGUAUGGCAUGUUUGUUACUCGAUGCAUUCAUCCAGGGAGGAAUUAGAGUGGGCUCUGCAACUUCUUGCUCCAAAACGGGUCAUAUCAACAACCCCCAGUUGCCGGGCUAUGGAGUUAGAUUAUGUUAGGAAGUACUGUUUUGGUGUUCGGAUAGCUUCUGAUGACCCUCUUUGGAAGCUUCUAGACAUUAGUGUGGAAGAUUCUAUAAAAUUAGAUGUAUCAGUCGAAGGUACUGGUCGUGCUUCCGUGGUUCAAGCAUCCACCCAAAAGACGGCAGAAUCUGAAUUGCAACCACUUAAUAGCUCUUCUAGUCUGAAAGAGCUAUUGAGGUUGUCUCCUUCAGGCAAAAGGCCACCCGUGACAUUAUUUGGUAGAGCAAGAUAUAGUCUUGAGUAUUCCAAUUUUUCAUGUGAACACAAAAUAGAAUCCAUGAAAGAUGGUCCUCUGCAAAUAACUGUCACUAAAGCAGAAGAAUUUGCAACUCAAGCGGGGAAUGCUGCAGUAAAUUGUGAGAAUAAUUUUGAUGACAAGAAAGAAAGGGCUUUAGCUGCAGGACAGUGUGAGUCAGAAAAAGGAGUGCACAGCAUCUCUUUUCAUUCCCAUAUUGGUUCAUGUGAAGAAAAGAAAAAAGAAUCCAGGAAAGAUGACCAUCCGCAAAUAACUGUCAAUAAAACAGAGCAACAAUUCUCAUCCCGGGAGGCGUAUGCUAAAGUAAAUUGUGAUAAUAAAUUUGGAAACAAUGUAGAGAUAGAUGUCACUGCAAUGCAAUGUGGGAAGCCGGUGGAGAAAGAAUUUUAUAAGAGUUCUUUUUGUUCUUCUGAUGGUUCUUCAAAGAGCUUUAACAAUAGCUUCAGAAAAUUGUACAGGUCAAUGAAUGUGCCUGUACCUCGGCCUCUUCCCUCCUUAGUAGACCUUCUGAAUUCCAAUAAACGUGCCAAGAGGAGGUUUGAGUUCUAGUCUUAAUCUUUCUGCAUUUGUUACAGAUAUACCAUAUUUGAAUAAUUCAAUCCAAGAUUUGACAAACUUCAGUUGAUUCAUUUCUCUCUUACCAUCCUCUCAUUCUUUGGCUACCCCGACGGAGUUCAACA